AUGCUCGACCGUGAGUCCCAAGGUGAAAGGAACUUCUCAAAUGGGGGGCUUAAACUCGAGUCAACAAGCCACCAAAGAGAAGAGAAGAAGAAGACAAAGAACGAAGCCGGAUCAUCUCUUCCUUCUGGCUCCAUCUAUGGCUUAUGGAUCUUGGGGAUGGUUUCCAAUGCCCCGGAAGCGAAGAGACUUAGAGGAGAAGGCUUACUUAUCAAAGGCAGGCUUAGAGGCUCAUUCAAAAAAAGAAGCCAAAAAGAACAGAAAGAAGUCUACGAGCGCCUAUCUCUUCUCUUAUCCACGCAUAUCGGUCUUUCUCCGGCUGCUCCAGGUAGUGCUCUUGGCUACUGCUUGCUUGGGACAUUCUCUACUUACGGCUCUCAGCGGCACCCUCAUUCUAUCAUAGAUCGUAACAACCAGGCCCGUUGA